AUGCCUAGCACCUUCCCUGAUCACAACAUUCAUCCCGAAGCCACCGGUAUUGCGAAGAAGACCGUCGACGCGCAUCAAAAGCCCGAAGAGCUGGUCUUCUGGUCAGGAUGGUUCUGUCCCUUCAAUCAACGCGUCUGGAUUAUCCUCGAAGAGAAGGGCAUUCCCUACCAGUACAAGGAGGUGAACCCGUACGCUAAGGAGGAGUCUUUCCUCAAACUCAACCCUCGCGGACUCGUUCCCACCAUCGAGUACCAGGGCAAACCUCUGUACGAGUCCACAGUUCUCUGCGAAUUCCUCGAGGACGUAUAUCUGGACCGGCCGCCGCACGUCCUUCCCAAGGACCCGUACGAAAAGGCCCGCGUGCGCAUUUGGGCAGAUCACACGUCAAAGCACAUCAUCCCGGCGUGGCAUCGGCUUCUCCAGCUUCAGACCAAGGAAGACCAAGACAAGGCCCGGCAGGAUCUGUACGAGGCACAGCGCAAGCUCGCGGAGGAGAUUAAGGGUCCAUACUUUGCUGGUGAGGAAUUCGGGUUGGUCGACGUGCUAAACGUGCCUUGGGUCUCGCGCGACCAUGUCCUCCGCGAGUAUCGCGAGUACAAGCGUGAAGGGGCAGGCGAAAAUUACGCGCGAUGGGCUGACCUACUGGAAAAGAGGGACAGUGUCGUGAAGACGACAAGCGACAAAGACAAGCUCAUGGUCAUCUAUGAUCGCUAUUUGGCGGGCACAGCGAACAGUGAAGUAGCGAAGGCUAUCAGAGAGGGUAAACCUCUUCCAUGA